AAAGACUGGCAUCUCUCCUUUGACUUUCAAUUGAUGGAUAUCUUUACCAGUGGGUACAUUUCUUGCAACACCAUAUGAUUGGAGACAGUUUCUAAUCCAAUCAGACAUUCUAUUAGUAGGUUGAGGCACUCAUGCUUGAGUUCAUUAUUGACACAUAUUUAUCAAUUCUUGUUGAUUUUGGGGGUGUGGCUUAAACUACUCUUCUUCACUUUCUUUUCUGUUAGAACCAGACAUGGCCUAACAUGACCCUGUUAGAGCUGUGGGUCACUUUUUUGCUGUCCUUUCAUUUGUUUUAGAUUUUCUUCCCUGUGCUCUUGUGAUUGAUGCUCUUUCAUUAUCCUCUGUGUAUUACACUCAUUUAAGUCUCUUCAGCAUGCUGCUUUGUGGUCAUGUGCAUCCCUUGAGUUUCUCGUCCUUUUAGAAAAGAUGUCUCUGUUGGAGAUCCCCAUCUUAGUGGGCUGCUCUUUAUUUUCUGGGCUUGAAUUUCAGGCUGUCAACCAGAGAUCGGCCAUUAUAUUGAUAAUUCUACCUAUGUUAGUGAGUUGCUAUUUUCUCCUUAUACCCUUUGUGGCAUGCAUAGUGAAUGUGUAUGUGCACAUGUGUGUGUGCAUGUAUGCAUGUGUAUAUUCAUAUUCACGGUAUAUGUUCAUAUAAGUGCAUGUAUGUGGACAUCCACUCAGUGUACCCAUAUGUGUAGAAGCAAAUUUCAUCCUUGGAUACAAUUCCUCAGUUACCUUCCUCUUUGUUUUCGGAGACAGGGUCUUUGAUUGGCCUGGUGUUCUGCAAAUAGGAUAGGCUGGCUGGUCAAUGAAUCCCAGUGAUGCACUCCUCCUACCUCCCCUAUGCUGUGGUUACAAGUAUGUGCCACCAUGACUUUAUUAUUUUUUUUAAUGUAGGUUCUGAGGACAACUGAGCUAUUCCACCAAUCCUCUUAAUGCUUCGAAGACUGUUUCUUAUCUGUAUUUUUGUCCUGCUGCCUCACAACAAGUUUCUCUUGUACCUCUUAAAGAGAUAGAUCCUCUGGCAGUGUUCUGAGUUUCUAACUGCCUGAUGUACUUUGAAUGUCUGUUUCUUUCUACAGUUCAGGUAAUUUCCUACCCUGACCUCAUGUAAUUCCUUGAGCCUUUUAUGUUUGUCUCAGCACUCUCUUCUGGCCUGUGUGCCUUGGUCAUAUCUGAAAUUCUUGGAUGUUCUGUUGUUUUAUUAUUUUUUUCCCAUAAUGGUUUUUGAAGGCUACGGUUUGUCUGAAGUCAGAGUCUGUCUUGUAGGCAUCUGUCAGUCAUGAGGGCUGUUCUUUAUCAUCUCUCUCAGGUCACCUGGAUCAUCUUUCCUAAAUCUGUAGGCUCAGGAUUUCACUCCUGCUCCUUCCUUCUAGAAGUGACAUUCUAAUGCAUUGUGAUUCCACUUGCCUGUGGCAUCGCAUGUCCCAUGGUUCAUCAUCAGUGCCUCCCAUCUAGACUCAGGUUUCCCCUCAUCCCUUGCUGUAGUUGUAUAGCACCCUUUCAUGGUGCUAGAGGGAACGGUGGGACCUUAACAUAUGGGGCCAGUGUGAGGUGCUAUGUCAUGGGUAGCACACCAUGAGAUUAACAAGCCUCCAUGGCCACUAUGAUGUGUUCCACAGACCCAAUCGUCCAGGAUAUCUGCCAUGGACUGAAUCCUCUCAUCCUGAACCCAAAUCAACCAUUUGUCUUUUUUAAGCUGCUCAUCACAAGUACUUGAGACAGUAAUGGAUGUUGACUGACACACUCCUUUUGUAAUAUUGUCUGGAAAAAAUCCAGUCUCCACCUCCUCUGUCUUAUAACCAGGAACCCAGAGAGGGCUGAAGCAAGGCAUGGAGCCAUCUGGACUAGUUUUGUUCUGAAGGCAUGCUGAUUCAUUUUGAGUGCCUCCCAUUCUCCUUGAUAAACAGUUCUCUGAAUUCACUCCGGACAUCACACCCAUCAUCUUGGCUGCACAUACAAAUAAUUACGAGAUAAUCAAACUUUUGGUUCAGAAAGGUGUCUCAGUGCCCAGACCCCACGAGGUCCGCUGUAACUGUGUUGAGUGUGUCUCCAGCUCGGAUGUGGACAGCCUCAGGCAUUCACGGUCCAGGCUCAACAUCUACAAGGCCUUGGCCAGCCCCUCGCUCAUUGCCCUGUCAAGCGAAGACCCUUUCCUUACUGCCUUUCAGUUAAGUUGGGAGCUGCAAGAACUCAGCAAGGUGGAGAACGAAUUCAAGUCGGAGUAUGAGGAGCUGUCUAGACAGUGCAAACAAUUUGCCAAGGACCUCCUAGAUCAGACACGGAGUUCCAGAGAGCUGGAAAUCAUUCUUAAUUACCGUGAUGACAAUAGUCUGAUCGAAGAACAGAGUGGAAAUGAUCUUGCAAGGCUAAAAUUAGCCAUUAAGUACCGUCAAAAAGAGUUUGUUGCUCAGCCCAACUGCCAGCAGCUGCUCGCUUCCCGCUGGUACGAUGAGUUCCCAGGCUGGAGGAGAAGACACUGGGCGGUGAAGAUGGUGACGUGUUUCAUAAUAGGACUACUCUUCCCCGUCUUCUCCGUGUGCUACCUGAUAGCUCCCAAAAGCCCACUUGGACUGUUCAUCAGAAAGCCAUUUAUCAAGUUUAUCUGCCACACAGCCUCCUAUCUGACCUUUUUGUUUCUGCUGCUGCUAGCCUCUCAGCACAUCGACAGGUCAGACUUGAACAGGCAAGGUCCACCACCAACCAUCGUGGAGUGGAUGAUAUUACCGUGGGUCCUGGGUUUUAUAUGGGGAGAGAUUAAACAGAUGUGGGAUGGCGGACUCCAGGAUUACAUCCAUGACUGGUGGAAUCUAAUGGACUUUGUGAUGAACUCCUUGUAUCUGGCAACAAUCUCCUUGAAGAUUGUCGCGUUUGUAAAGUACAGUGCUCUGAACCCACGGGAAUCAUGGGACAUGUGGCACCCCACCCUGGUGGCAGAGGCAUUAUUUGCUAUUGCAAACAUCUUCAGUUCCCUCCGCCUGAUCUCUCUGUUCACUGCCAAUUCUCACCUGGGGCCUCUGCAGAUAUCUCUGGGAAGGAUGCUUCUGGACAUCCUGAAGUUCUUGUUCAUCUACUGCCUCGUGCUGCUAGCUUUUGCAAAUGGCCUAAAUCAGCUGUACUUUUACUAUGAAGAAACAAAGGGGCUAAGCUGCAAAGGCAUCCGGUGCGAGAAACAGAACAACGCGUUUUCCACGUUAUUCGAGACACUACAGUCCCUGUUUUGGUCAAUAUUUGGACUCAUCAAUCUCUAUGUUACCAAUGUCAAAGCCCAGCACGAGUUCACUGAGUUUGUUGGGGCCACCAUGUUUGGCACAUAUAAUGUCAUCUCUCUGGUUGUCCUGCUGAACAUGUUAAUUGCUAUGAUGAAUAAUUCUUACCAACUAAUUGCCGACCAUGCAGAUAUAGAAUGGAAAUUUGCUCGAACAAAGCUUUGGAUGAGCUACUUUGAAGAAGGAGGUACCCUGCCUACACCUUUCAAUGUCAUCCCAAGCCCCAAGUCCCUGUGGUACCUGGUCAAGUGGAUAUGGACACACUUAUGUAAGAAAAAAAUGAGAAGGAAGCCAGAAAGCUUCGGGACAAUUGGGCGGCGUGCUGCUGAUAACUUGAGAAGACAUCACCAAUACCAAGAGGUGAUGAGGAACCUGGUGAAGCGGUACGUGGCAGCCAUGAUCAGAGAGGCAAAAACCGAAGAAGGCUUGACGGAGGAGAAUGUUAAGGAACUAAAGCAAGACAUUUCUAGCUUCCGCUUCGAAGUUCUGGGAUUGCUCAGAGGAAGCAAGCUCUCUACAAUACAGUCAGCCAACGCGGCGAGUUCAGCGGACUCCGACGAGAAGAGCCAGAGCGAAGGUAAUGGCAAGGACAAGAGAAAGAAUCUCAGCCUCUUUGAUUUAACCACUCUGAUCCACCCGCGGUCGGCAGCCAUUGCCUCCGAGAGACAUAACCUAAGCAAUGGUUCCGCCCUGGUGGUGCAGGAGCCGCCCAGGGAGAAGCAGAGGAAAGUGAAUUUUGUGGCUGAUAUCAAAAACUUCGGGUUAUUUCAUAGACGGUCAAAACAAAAUGCUGCUGAGCAAAACGCAAACCAAAUCUUCUCUGUUUCAGAAGAAAUUACUCGUCAACAGGCGGCAGGAGCACUUGAGCGAAAUAUCGAACUGGAAUCCAAAGGAUUAGCUUCACGGGGUGACCGCAGCAUUCCUGGUCUCAAUGAACAGUGUGUGCUAGUAGACCAUAGAGAAAGGAAUACGGACACUUUGGGUUUACAGGUAGGCAAGAGAGUGUGCUCCACCUUCAAGUCGGAGAAGGUGGUGGUGGAAGACACCGUCCCUAUUAUACCAAAGGAGAAACACGCCCACGAGGAGGACUCGAGCAUAGACUAUGACUUAAGCCCCACGGACACAGCUGCCCACGAAGAUUAUGUGACCACAAGAUUGUGACCCUUGGAGGAGUGUUUACCAUACCUAUACAUAUUUUCCAUAGUGCUCUGGGCAGGCAAAAUGUUUGAAAUCCCAUUAUCAAAUGCUAAUUUCCACUUUCUAAUGUUUAUCUGUUGUGGCAUAUUAACCUGUAAUAUGUUUGAACAAAGCAGAAGUAAUAUGAACCCUCCUCUUUUGUAGCCUGCUUUUGCUUUCACCGUUGAUUUUACAAGUGUUUCUGUUAAAUAAACGCACCUUUUAUCCUUGUACUGUUACAAUAACCCACAGAAAAUUUUUAGCUAUCUUUUUCAAUUAAAACCAAUGCAAUUGUUUU